AUGAGACCGACAAAGUACCUGCCGGGGCCUUCGCUCCUGCUGACGACGCUCGGCUCCCUCGCCCUCUUCUCGUCGCCCGUCCUCGCCCAAGACGACAAAGCUACCGACGACAAGAAAACUACGCCCGCCGAUAACAAGUCGACGCCCACUCCCAGCCCGAGCGCCAAGACAACCCCUUCUGCGACGCCCAAAGACUCGCCCACAACCGACAAGUCGACGCCGUCGGCCAAAUCCACCCCUUCACCGACCCCCGAUGAGAAGCAGUCCUCGUCCAGCACCAUCAGUACUGCCUCGUCGGUCACUUCGCAGCCGACUAGCCAGUCCACCAUUACCAGUGGCUCCUCGGUGACCAAGGGCGAGGAGCUUACCGGCUUCCCGACGCUGACAGGGCCAGGCGGCAUCCCCACGUAUCCUGCCCCGUCCGUGCCGCCCACCAAGAAUGCCCCCUUCAUGCAGCAGUCGAGUAUGCCCGAUGGCAGCGUCUUCAUCAUCGUCGGAUCCAUCCUCGGAGCCUUUGGCCUUGCCAUCCUGCUGUGGCGCGGCAUUGUUAGCCUCCUCCUCCACCGAUCCGUCGAACGCGCUGCCAAGGCACAGCACGACGCCAACGCCAAAGCCGGAUUCCCCGCGCCUCCCGCCCCGUUCUAUAAGUACACCGAUCAAGGAUCGACGAUGUCGCUGGGCGGAGGCGGAGCCGCUGCGGCCGGCCGCGGUGUUCGACGAACCAACCGUGGACCCGUCCCUUCGUCGACUCCGAGCCACUCGAACCUGUUCUUCUCCCCCACGGCCGCCAACAACGGCAGCGCUGGGAAUCGUGGCUCCGCUUUCCUCCCGUCUGGCUUCUACGCAUCCAAUUCUCCGAACGCUCCUCCCAAUCAGACCAAUAGUAUCAGCCUGAACAACCUCCGGCCCGAUUCGCGUGGCCACUACGCCAAUGUCUCCCGCAACACCCUCGGACCCUCGCCCCCCGACUCGCCUCAGUAUGCGCCGCGGAGGGACGUCAGCGGCAUGAGCACCAGCUCCGUCAACCUAAGCUCCCCCCCUGCCGGCCAACGAGCACCCAGCGCCUACCUCGAGGACCUCCUGGCCGACGAUCCCAACGCCUUCCCGCCGCCGCAGAUGCCCCCCUCGACGGGGCCCAGAAACUCGCUGGGAGGAGGAAGAACAAACAGCCCAUUGAGCCGAUUCUGA